AUGCAGCAUGAAGGAGGAGUCUUUCCAAGGCCCUGCCAUAUCAAAUGGAAGACAGCAUGUUCUGUCUGAUGAAAUCAUUUCCAUGGUUUGGAAUGGAUAUCGGAGGAACGUUGGUUAAACUGGUCUACUUCGAACCUAAAGACAUAACUGCAGAAGAGGAACAGGAGGAGGUGGAAAACCUGAAAAGCAUUAGGAAAUACUUGACCUCCAAUACAGCUUACGGUAAAACUGGCAUUCGUGAUGUCCAUCUUGAACUGAAAAAUUUGACUAUGUGUGGACGCAAAGGAAACCUGCAUUUCAUCCGAUUUCCCAGCUGUGCCAUGCACAGGUUCAUACAGAUGGGUAGUGAGAAGAACUUCUCCAGUUUGCAUACGACGCUGUGCGCCACAGGAGGUGGAGCUUACAAAUUUGAGGAGGACUUCAGAACGAUUGCUGAUCUACAACUCCAUAAAUUGGAUGAAUUGGACUGUUUGAUCCAGGGCCUGCUUUACGUUGAUUCUGUUGGUUUCAAUGGCCAACCAGAAUGCUAUUAUUUUGAAAAUCCCACGGAUCCUGAACAGUGCCAGAAAAAGCCUUACUGCCUUGAUAAUCCAUAUCCUAUGUUGCUGGUUAACAUAGGCUCAGGGGUCAGCAUCCUAGCUGUGUAUUCUAAGGAUAACUAUAAAAGAGUCACGGGAUCCAGUCUUGGAGGUGGAACGUUCCUGGGCCUGUGCUGUUUGCUGACUGGCUGCGAGACGUUUGAGGAAGCACUAGAAAUGGCUGCAAAAGGAGACAGCACCAACGUGGAUAAGCUGGUGAAAGAUAUUUAUGGAGGAGAUUAUGAGCGAUUUGGCCUGCAAGGAUCUGCUGUAGCCUCAAGCUUUGGCCAUAUGAUGAGUAAAGAAAAGAGAGAUUCCAUCAGUAAAGAGGACUUGGCCAGAGCUACUUUGGUCACCAUCACCAACAACAUAGGUUCUAUUGCUCGCAUGUGUGCUUUGAAUGAGAACAUCGACAAGGUGGUAUUUGUUGGAAACUUUCUCAGAAUUAAUAUGGUUUCUAUGAAGGUGCUAGCAUAUGCUAUGGAUUAUUGGUCCAAGGGUCAGCUCAAAGCUCUGUUUUUGGAACAUGAGGGAUAUUUUGGAGCGGUUGGGGCUCUUCUAGAAUUGCUUAAAAUGACAGAUGAGCAGUGAUACAGCCAAUCAUAGAUCACUAAUGCAGAUGCUGCUGGAAGAGAGUGAAAGCCACUACAAGGAUGGAAAUGAAGCCAUUAUGGUAGUUCUAUGUGCUGGAUUUGUAAAUAAUUUAAAAUCCUUUUAGCUAAUCUUUAACUUCCUGGUUUUGAGCUUCUACUUCAGAAUUCGUACUGGGAAUAACGAUUUUUUUUCUGUACGCUGUUUUUUAAGGGGAAAUAUGUGCAACAUGGCCAAACAUACCGAUUUUAUGGGUUUAUUGUAGAAGGUGGAUACUGUUUAAUGUAGGACCUGUACUAUGAGGCAUCUGCUUUUCUUCUGGGGUUUACUGAUUAGUGUGGUAAUUUUAACUUCAUUUAGUAAUCACUCUAGGAGAUUUUUUUAUCUUAUAUUUUCAUGACGUUUCAUGAUUUGUUCUUGGUUUCAAAUGAAACUGCAAAGCUGAUGCAUUUUACUGUGAAAACUAAUUAUUGAUUUGUUGUUACCUUCAUUAGAUGACACCUCUCUUCCUCCUAUGCCUCUCC